GGGUCGCCCAAGCGUGUGGGAAAUAUAAACUGGGCAGCUGCACACCUCGGCCUAACUAGGUCGAAGCAGCUACGCACUUUUUAAAAAAAAAAAGUUAAAUUAAAAGGCAAAUUUUUUUUUGCUACCACUUUCUACGAACGAACGUAGAACAAAGUGGGCCCUUUGCACAUUUAUAAUCUUUAUAUUUUAUAUAUACAUGCAAGGAUUUGUUUUAAUUUCAAAAAGGCAUGCCUCAGACGCCACUGCGUGUUGCUGUCAUUUGCUCGAGUAAUCAGAACCGAAGCAUGGAAGCGCAUAGCUUGCUCAGCAAGAAGGGCUUCGACGUGCGCUCGUUCGGCACGGGGACGCACGUGAAGCUGCCGGGCCCCUCACCCGACAAGCCCAACAUCUAUGAGUUCAAGACACCCUACGACGCGAUGUACCAGGACCUUCUGCAGCGCGACAAGGACCUAUACACACAAAACGGAAUCCUGCACAUGCUUGACCGCAACCGGCGCAUCAAGCCGUGCCCGGAACGCUUCCAAGAGUGCCCCGACAGGUUUGACCUGAUCCUGACGUGUGAAGAACGGGUUUACGACCAGGUCGUGGAAGACCUGAGCGGCCGUGAGCAGGAGAGCUUCCAGCCGGUGCACGUCAUCAACGUGGACGUGCAGGACAACCACGAGGACGCGACGCUCGGCGCCUUCCUCAUCUGCGAGCUCUGCCAAUGUAUCCAGCUGACCGAGGACCUGGACAAUGAGAUCGACGAACUCGUGCAGGACUUUGAGGAGAAGAGCGGGAAGCUGAUUCUGCACACGGUGUGCUUCUACUGAUGGCCGCGUGGGGGGUUUCUCUCCGCGGGUACGAGGAGCUUUGGGGGGGGGGGCACGAGAUGGGGCGGUGG